AUGAAAAAUCUGGUAAAAGAGACUACGGAACUAGAUAACAUUUCAAGAGCAUUGGUUGAAUUACUCAAAAAGAAUCAUGACAGUUUCAAGUCUUUGUUUAAUGUUCAACUUGAUCUACUAAAACUAUUUGAUAAACAAGUAAACAAUUUGGAGGCUACAGGGUAUUGUGAUUAUGAGGUAGCAUAUGCACUAUACAUGAUCAUCAUUCAAUUGAUAGCCGUUAUGAAGGAUAAAUCGAAUUCCAAAACUGCCGACAUAUACAACGGAAUACAACAAUCUAUUCGAAAGAAAGCAAGCAACUUUAAAAAGGUGUUAGGGUAUUUCAAAAAUGACGACGAUGAAAAGGAUGAAGAUCCCCUUAUUAAUAGAUUCAAGUCUUUGAGCGGAGAGAAAACACAUCCAGCAACCAAGAUCAAGAAAGAAUUAAUAUACCGCGAAUGGAUAACACCUGUUGAACUCGAGAGGACGCUUCGCGAGAAACAUGUGUUGUUAAUAGACUAUAGACCAAAGAAGGAUUAUUUACACAACCAUAUCAAGUUUGAUAAUUUGAUAAAUAUAGAACCACGACAAAUUGAAUCAUUACCAGAAUCUUCAACAGAUUCCGAUUUGGAAGAAGUAUUGAGAGUAUCAUUGUCGGAAGAAGAAUUUCAGAUGUUUUUAAUUCGGAACAAGUUUGAUUUGAUUGUUGUCUAUAAUUAUAACUAUGGCUCGACGUCAAAAGAGAGACUUUACGGAAUACUAGAUCUACUAGAAAAGGAAAACCCAUUCACUUCUUUGAUAGGGAUAUUAUUGAAUAAUAAAUACAUCAGUUCGAGAUUAAAGAUAGCUCCGCUGUUUCUCUCGGGUGGAAUUUUGAAUUGGUACCAUACUCUCGGUGCAGAUUAUUUAGAGACUAGCUCGAUCAAAAAUGGAGACUGUUUAAAGGAAGAAACUAGGUACUUAACUUCAUUUAGUGAUUAUCUUUCGAAUUCAAAAGAGAGUCUGCCUUCAGAAGUCACACUUGCAAAUGAGAACAACAGUGCUUAUAUUAGACCAGUUCAAAAGAAAGUCGAGCAAUUUGAUUCUAUACCACCAAAAAGUACUGCUACAGUGUACUCGUCACCCAAAGUUGAGUUACCCUUAACUCCGACUUCAUCCACCCCCAAUUCGCCGGCGCCUCCUUUGCAACCUUUGCUGUCAAAUGGGAAGCUGCCAAACAAUGUUACAGCUAAAGAUGUUACUGUUUCGUCGAAAAAGUCACAAUUUCUCGAACUGUAUGCCACUGGUUUGGUCAAUUUGGGAAAUUCAUGUUAUAUGAACUGUGUUAUUCAAUGUUUGGCUGCGACUCCACAGCUUACUUCAUUUUUUUUCCCCACGAUAACUGAAUCGUUUUCGGACCAUUCAUACAAACGACAUAUAAACGUGAACAAUAAAUUAGGGACAAAGGGAAUGUUGACAACCAGUUUUGUUGAAUUGAUAUUGAGUAUGCUUAACAACAAUGGACGCUCAUUCAGUCCUUCUAAGUUUAAGAAAAUAAUGGGUUCGUUGUCACCGGCUCGACAGUUUGCUUCCUUUGAUCAACAAGACUGUAUUGAGUUUUUGAAUUUUCUUUUGGAUGCGCUCCAUGAGGAUCUCAAUCAAGUGACCAUAGCCGACCCACAGGAAAGAAAGAUGAUCACUGAAUUAACCCCUGAGCAGGAAAAAAAUAGAGAAAUAUUGCCUGUCAGAUUAGCUUCCACUAUAGAAUGGGAGAGGUACCUCAAACUAAAUUUUUCUAUAAUUGUUGACUAUUUUCAAGGGCAAUAUUUAUCCCAAUUGAAAUGUUUAGAAUGUGGAUUUACUUCAACAACUUAUAAUGCGUUUUCGAUACUUUCACUACCCAUCCCGGAGAAACUAAACAAACUGAUGAAAGUUUCUUUGGAUGAAUGCCUUCAAGAAUUUGUGACAACAGAGUUGCUUGAUGAUAAUAACAAGUGGUAUUGUCCCAAUUGUAAAAAAUUUACCAAACUGACAAAGAAAAUUGCAAUUACUAGAUUACCCCAAGUAUUGAUAAUAAAUUUUAAGCGGUUCAAAAUGACCGCCAGUGGUGGAUUUCACAAAUUGGAAACUUUUGUGACUUACCCUGUGAAUGAAGAAUUGGACAUGACUCCGUAUUGGCCGGAUGUUGGCUCUACCAUCAGUGCCAACAAUUCAAUGUCUAUAGAAAGGGAAAAAGAGAUUUUGAGUACUUUCCCAGUUAGAAGCCAAGUACCGCCUUUCAAAUACAAAUUGUUUGGCGUGGCUAAUCAUUAUGGUAAUUUAACUACUGGACACUAUACUGCUUAUGUACAUAAGAGUAGUGAUUCAAAGAAAGCAAGAAACUGGUGUUACUUUGAUGAUUCUAGAGUAACUUUCAACAAAUCACCAAAUGAUGUAUUGAAUAAGAAUGCCUAUUGUUUAUUCUUUCAGAGAAUAUAG